UUACGCCAUGACGUCAACAUCUGCCUGAACAAACCGACGCAUAGUCACAGAAAAGGGAGCGCCGGCAAAGAGGAGGACAUGGCUGUAAAUGUAUACUCCACUUCAGUGACGAGCGACAACCUGAGUCGCCAUGAUAUGCUUGCGUGGAUCAACGAGUCUUUACAGAUGAAUCUCACAAAGAUUGAGCUGUUAUGUUCAGGUGCUGCCUAUUGCCAGUUUAUGGACAUGCUGUUUCCUGGCUGUGUGCCUUUGAAGAAAGUCAAAUUUUCAGCAAAGUUAGAGCAUGAAUAUAUUCACAAUUUUAAGCUCUUGCAAGCUGGAUUCAAGAGAAUGGGGGUUGACAAAAUCAUCCCUGUUGAUAAGCUGAUAAAGGGCAAGUUCCAGGACAACUUUGAGUUUGUGCAGUGGUUUAAGAAGUUUUUUGAUGCCAAUUAUGACGGGAAAGAGUAUGACCCAGUGGAGGCACGCCAGGGGCAGGACACAAUGCCCGUGCCCAACCCAUCCAUGCCUGCUCUCAACAAGCCCAAGAAGAUUGUGAAUACAGCACCACAAAGGGCAGCUGUUGCCAAGGUAGCACCCAAGAUGACUCCCAGUUCUGCACGAAGGCCAGGCACCGGUGGUGACGAUGAAAGGGCAGAGCUUAUACAAGAGGUGAAUAUACUGAAGUCCACAAUCCAGGACAUGGAGAAAGAGCGAGACUUUUACUUUGGUAAACUGAGGAACAUUGAGCUGAUCUGUCAGGAGAAGGAGAGUGAGGGAGACCCCACCCUGCAGAGGAUUGUGGAUAUUCUCUAUGCCACAGAUGAGGGCUUUGUCAUACCAGAUGCUGAAGCAGAGGACCAGGAGGAGUUUUAAUGCCUAUAACUAGAUCCAGUUGUGUCCUUGUCUCCUCCCUCAUCUCUACAUAUUCACUCCCUCCUGCUGUCUCGGAUCACGUUACGCAUUUUGGACUCAAUGAAUGCUGUAUGGAAAGUAAUUUGGGUUGAAUACAGAGUUAAAGUAGCUACAUUAGAAGAACCUCCUCUGAUGCCUUCUUAGAGAAGAGCACAACGUGGCUGCUCAGCUGAUCUUGCUGGGCUCAGGAGAAUUGGAGCAUUUCGUCUCUAACGUUCAGUAUCAUGUAAAGUCCCUGCAACUUCAGGGGAACUUGCAAAUUUAUUCAUUGUUAGAUUUUCAUCUUUGGCUGUUUCAUCUUUUUGCCACAGUGUGAAUAGAGGGGGUGUUUUCCUCUUUGUCUCACAAGAUGGGUGGUAUGUACUUCAUAAUAAUAAUAAUAAUGCUAUUCUGAUCUUUUUUUCAUAUUUAAAAGUGUACUUCCUUCAAAAAUAUUAGUUUUUGGCUUUGGUUCCUAUGUGAAUUAGUGAACAAAAAUCCUUAAAAUCCACAUUUUCAUCAGUUUACAUUUCUUUUUAUUCCAAUGCGAUUAUUUUUGUGAAAGGCUUGUAGCAGUCACCUUUUUCUCCAGCUUUGAUCCUGUGACUGUGCCUUAUAGACUGAGUGGAGGGAGACUAGUCUAAUGUCUGUGUUUUUGUCUUUGUUUGUUUGUGUGUCAGAAUUCUUUUCUCAUCAUCUAGGAAAUCAGUUUUGCAGCAGAGGGUUGAUUUGUUUAUGAACAUUUCAAAAUUGGCCACAAACUGCCAUGAUUGCGAUCAGUAACUGUUUCCUGGUGGUUGUUUGGGAUGGUUUUCUAACUGUGACAUUUAUAAGCAUAGUUGCAAAAGCAUCCUCUGACAAAAUCAUUUUUAAUAAUUGAUUUGUUUGUAAAAAUAAUAAUAAUAAUAAAUUCUUAAUUCAUUGUCCACUACAGUGGUGAAUUCAGAGGCCAAAUUAAGAAUUAGCAAGACAAAUAGUCCCCAUAUCUGCACUUUGAGUGCACAGAUUUUUUUUUUUAACUAAAUAUUUAAUGUAUCAUUUUACCAUUUCACACCUUUUAAUCUCUGCCUUGGUAGAAUUCACAGUCUGUAUUGGCAAGUGUUUAAUUGAAAUUAAAAAAAUGUUCGAACACUUCUGUUUAUUUUUUCAUUGGUGUUUGGCUCCAAAAUAACUGAAAUGGUUUCAGGUGCAGACCAUUAAUCUUUUUCUCCCCAACAAAUUAUGCAUGGAAGCAGGUUACUAGAAUUCAGCUUGAGCUAAAAAAAAAAAAAAAAGACACUGUCUGGCCAAAAGUUUGUCCGUCACACCAAUAUGUGCUUUUUGGACAUCCCAUUCCAGAUUUAUUCUCCUUUUGCUGUUAUAAUUACCUUCAAUCUUCUGGAAAGGCUUUCCACUCGAUUUUGGAGCAUGGUUUUUGGGGAUUUGCCCAUUUGGGCAAAAGAGUAUUUGAGAUCAAGCACUGAUGUUUUAAGGAGGUCUGGCACACAGUUAGCAUUCCAGUUCAUCCCAAACGUGUUCAGUGGGGUUGAGGUCAGGGCAAGUCUGUGCUUCCAACAUUGUGGCAUCAGUUUAGGGAAGGUUCACAUCUGGGUGUUAGUCAGGUGUAGACAUACUUUUGGCCAUAUAGUGUGUUCAAAUCCAUUAAUGGUUAUGUAGAAUGGUACAGCUUUGCAAAUCUUGAGAUUUUAAAUUGCUUGUUUACCCAAUUUGUAGAUUACAUUCCAGAUGGAGAAUGAAAAGAGGCCACUUCUGCUGGUAUAAGAAAAAUAUAUCAGAAUGUUGCAUCUCUUGUACUAUGUAAUUCUUAGGACUGUAUUUAAGUUGUAUCUAAAGAAAUCCUAAUGUCACAUCCAUUAAUUUAUGGUCAGUUGUGUGGAAUAGGGUUUAGAUAACACAGAUUUUCCUGAUGUUGGUUGAUCACUGUGCUUACUAUAUUUUCUCAUGUAACAGUAAUAACAGCACUUCUGAUUUACUAAUUGGCUAUUCAAAUAUUUUUAGUUUUUGGCUUUUUUUCACUGAAAUGUUCAAAUCAUUUAGUUCUUGGCAAUGUUCUACUCACUGUCCAACACUGCCAACGUUUGUGCUCAUACAACACUGCCCAACUGUUAUUGGUAAAAUGCCUUGACUGAUCCUUCAACACCAGCGAAUAAACAGUUACAUUCUC